GAAGACAGUGUGCUCUUAGUUGAGCUUUUUGAUUCUCUUGAUGCUCCUGGAAUGACUCCUACUAGUAUCAAUGACCAGCUUGUUAAUGAGGGCCUUGCGUCGUAUGAAGAAGGAUAUAUGCUCAAAGAUAAUUGUAAAAAGCAUAUUGAAGUAUGGGAUCCUUCUCCAGAAGAAAUUAUCUCAAAUGAAUUAAACAACUCAAAUGCUGUGUCUACAAAAUCUCUGCCUAAUGAGAAUUUCCAAUCACUUUAUAAUAAGGAACUGCCUGUGCAUAUCUGUAAUGUAAUAUCUCCUGAGAAGAUUUAUGUUCAGUGGUUAUUAACAGAAAACUUACUUAAUAGUUUGGAAGAAAAGAUGAUAGCUGCUUAUGAAAACUCAAAAUGGGAACCUGUUGAAUGGGAAAAUGAUAUGCACUGUGCUGUCAGGAUCCCAGAUAAGAACCAGUGGCGAAGAGGCCAGAUCAUCAAAGUGGUUACAGACACUUUGGUAGAGGUCUUGCUGUAUGACGUGGGUGUUCAACUAGUAGUGAAUGUUAACUGUUUAAGAGAACUUCAAGAAAAUCUAAAGACAAUGGGAAGAUUAUCUUUGGAAUGCUCUCUUGUUGAUAUAAGAAUUAAUAAAUUAGAUAACAGCCAUUCAUUAUCUGAGGAGUCUCUCGAAGUCCCCCUGGAACAAGAAGGUUCAAUGGUUACUAAGUGUGUUAAAAUGGACUUUGACUCUGGAGACAAAAAAGCUGCUGAUAUAAUCAGUGAACACAAGGUGUCUGAAUUUAAGGAGAAAAUUCUAGAACCAAGAACCACUGGAUGCUAUAAACCACCAGCUAUUCCUAACAUGCAAAUAUUUGAGGCAGUAGUCAGCUGCAUUGGUGAUGACGGAACUAUAUUUGUAGUACCUAAACUAUCAGAAUUUGGGCUAGGAAAAAUGAUGAAUAAAAUUCAGUGUAAUUUAAAAUGCCUUGGUCUUUUGGAGCCUUAUUUCUGGAAAAAGGGAGAAGCCUGUGCAGUAAGAGGAUCCGAUACUAUGUGGUAUCGAGGCAGGGUGAUGGAAGUUGUAGGCGGCAUGAUCAGGGAAUUGCCAAAAAAUCCCUGGGAGAAAUUAUCCAUUCAUCUUUAUUUUGGUGGAAUGUCACUUUCUUACUUUAUGGCACACUAUAAAUAUUGUACUUCUGAACAUUCCGAGGAGAUAUUGAAAGAAAAACCAACAGAUUACAAUAAAAAGUAUGAGGAGGAGGAAUGGGAAAUAAGGUUUGAGGAAUUGCUUUUGUCUGGAACGGAGACUCCUGUCUUACCGCCGUAUUUGUCUUCGGCUCUGCCUUCCUCGGAAGAACUCUACGCUGUGCAAGUUAAGCAUGUCGUCUCACCCAGUGAAGUGUAUAUUUGCCUUGAUUCUGUAGAAAAUUGUAAUCAGUAUAACCAGCACAGUGACACAGAUGAUAGUGGAGUCAGCUGGGAGUCGGAAUCCGAGAGCCUGGAUGAAGCGCUGCGCAGGUGCAAUAAGGAUGUGAAGAUGUUUCCUCCUCUGACAGACUUUAGAACAGAAAUGCCUUGCCUUGCGGAGUAUGAUGAUGGCUUAUGGUAUAGAGCGAAAAUUGUUUCCGUUAAAGAAUUUAAUCCUUUAACUGUCCUAGUACAAUUUGUUGAUUACGGAUCAACUGAAAAGCUGACAGUAAACAGGUAA